AACACCUCGUUUAUUUGAGGGAGCCAAGCAUUCCUCUUUGCACUAACCAAAAGCUCUUACAUAUUAAAUACAAGUUGCUAAUUACAUUUUAGCUAACAAACAAGAGGAACAGUUCAUCUCUUUUUAAAGCAACAAGUAAGCAGUCGUCUUCCAACCCUCCACCGAUCUCUAUACAUUAGAAAUCAAUGGGUUGGGAUGAGCUGUCCUGCUAGUGCAUUAGAUGCUUUUAUCUGCAUGCUUACGCGCGUUGUCUAGCUGCUUGCUGCUUGCUUCCCUGCCCUCGACUGGGAGAAACUUGACUCACCCUCCCACUCCCUCCCUCCCUCCUAUAUCUGUAAUUUACCAUUUCACAACAUAUUCUGGUCUGACUCUGAAAUUCUGCAGAAUGGUAAAAGAAAUAUAUGAGUGGAAAACUCUGAUAUUUAUCUUGUUUAUGAAUGUGGGCACCUCUAUUAUUGUUAAAAGGGCCGCUGGAGGACUGUUGAGAAGACCAAGUUGCCCCUAGAACAGUGUUGGGUGGGUGGGUGACUUUGGGUUUUCAAAGCACAGAAAAAAAAAGAUGGAAAAUUAAGGAGAAUGCUUAUAGAGAGAGAGAGAGAGAGACUGUUGGAUGUAAAACCAAAAAAAUAUGAAUAAAAUUACUGGGGACGAGGAGGGGUUCAGGCAGGCAUAAAUGUGAGUGUAAAAAAGAGAGGUGGAUUCUUAUCAUUCCUUUUACCAGACCCCACGAGUGGAGGGCGGAGGGCGGAGGGCGGAGAGGUUUUCUCUUUCUCUCUCUCGUCUUACUUCCUUCCUCAUAGCUAGUAGCUCCACCACAAAGGUCCCUCACCUGCUUGACCUAAUUUCUCUCUCUAAAGAGUAAGUGCCACUUCUGGUGCUGCGCAGGGGAAGGACAAGAGUUAAUCAUAGACCAAGAAAGUAAGAACCCCACAAACUCAAUCUUAGUCGGUCUUAGCUUGGUCCAACUCCAAUCCAAUCCCUGCAAUAUUUUUAAAGAGAUUCUCACUCCACCCCAGCCCCUCUCUCUCUCUCUCUCUCUAAAGUCCAAAGUCCAACCCAGCUCAAGAGAGAGAAAGACAAGAGAGAAGAAAAAGAAAAGUACUAUUGUGGAUGACUGAUGAGUGAGAGAGAGAUGGAGUUGAUCAAGAUCAAUCAGCCAACAGCAACUUAAAACCCAAGAAACAAAAAAACACAUAAAAAUAAAGAUAUCAUCUCUCUCUCUCUUCCUCCAAGUCCAAACCCUUCCCUACCAAAUGGACUUAUCAAAUUUCCAACCCAACAACAACAAGAAGCAGCAGCAGCAGCAGCAGCAAAACAACAACACUUCCACUUCCACUUCUAACAACACCACCACAAGUCUCCACCACCACCAUCUUCUUCCUCAUCUUCAACAAAAAUUCCAACACCACCACCAACAACAACACCCCUCCUCCUCUUCCUCUUACUCUUCUUCUUUUGUGCGCCCCUUUGAUGGCAUCAGAUCUUCUUCAGGAGGAGGGGGAGGAGGAGGAGGACCCCGUUCCAUGAGCUCCAUCUCAAUUCAAGCUGGCCUCACCGCCACUUCCCAAUCUACCCCACCACCACCAACAACUUCUGCUCCUUCCUCCUCAUCUUUCUCCUCUUCCUCCUCCACCUCCUCCCCCUCCUCCACUUCCACCUCCACCGCCCCUCCCCAACUAGUCGACGCCUCCCUCGCCAUGGCCACCAGAUCCGAUCCCCACCCACCCACCAGACCCGGCUCCCUUCUCGACUCCGCCAAAAACAACCAAAUUCAACAGCAACUGACUAUUUCACCCGCCACCACUCCGCCUCCAGCAGCAGCAGCAACAACCACUCCAGUGGCCAAACGAUCCACCAAGGACCGACACACAAAAGUUGAAGGCAGAGGCCGCCGCAUACGAAUGCCGGCAACCUGCGCGGCCAGAGUCUUCCAGUUGACAAGAGAACUGGGACAUAAGUCUGACGGCGAGACCAUUGAGUGGCUCCUCCAGCAAGCUGAGCCUUCCAUCAUCGCCGCCACCGGAACCGGCACCAUCCCAGCCAAUUUCUCAACCUUGAACAUCUCCCUGCGCAGCAGUGGGUCAAGUCUCUCCUUUCCGCCUUCCAAGUCCGCCCCUCACUCCUUUCACGGCGCCUUGGCUCUCGCCCACCACCCUCACUACGACGAGGGUUGUGCCCAUUCGGGUCUGAUGGGGUUUCAUCAACAACUUCAACAGCAACAGCAUCCACAGCAUCAUCAUCAGCCGCAUCAGUCUCCUCUCAUGACAGCAGAUCAAAUUGCAGAAGCGCUUCCAAGCGGCGGCCGAGACAGUGGCGGAGGCGGAGGUGGAGAAUCGACUGAGAAUUAUAUGAGAAAACGCUUUAGAGAAGAUUUGUUCAAGGAUGACAAUCAAGAGCGAGGAGAAAGCGGCAGUGGUGGCGGAGGAGGAUCGCCGUCCAGGAACAAGGCAUUUAAGGGCGGGAGUAGUUGCGGGUUACAAUUGCCGAAACAGCAGCAGCAGGGAGCGGAGCUAGGAUCUUAUUCUUCCGGGGUUUUGAGGCCUUCAAACAUCUUACCCGCCACUGCGAUGUGGGCAGUGGCACCAGCCCCAACAAGUGGUGCUGGCAGCACAUUCUGGAUGUUGCCAGUAACCGCUGGUUCCGCUGUACCUUCUAUGGCCACCGGAACAUCUGGGGCAGGUCCUUCAGAAGCAGCCCAAAUGUGGACAUUUCCGUCCGCAACCGCGAGUCACGUGAGCACCUUGCAAGCGCCAUUGCAUUUCAUGCCGAGGUUCAAUCUUCCAGGCAGUCUUGAAUUCCAGCAAGCAGCAGCCGGCAGCCGAGGGAGUCCCCUCCAGUUGGGCUCCAUGCUAAUGCAACAACAACCGUCUCAGCAUCUUGGCCUCGGACUUUCCGAGUCGAAUUUAGGCAUGCUGGCAGCGCUUAAUGCUUACUCUAGAGGAGGUUUAAAUAUGAAUUCCGAUCACCAGCAGAGUCAUCAUCAUCCGUUGGAUCAUCAUCAACAACAACACCACCAGCAUCAAACUACAGAUAGUGGAGAUGAAGGCCCAAACAGUUCUCAAUGACAUGAAUAAUAUUUGGUAUACCACAUGAAUUCUGGAUAUGAUGGAUCAUUGAUCUUAACCAAGAACGUUCACGACGUGCUUCAUGUAAAGCAAGUAUUUUCGAGUGAUUGGAAGAUGUAGCAACUAAUGUUUGCUUUGUUGAGCACCAUGAAAUUGUUGUAUCUUCAUUAGUGAACACAUAUCCAGUUUGUGAGCAGACUUUAUGUGGAUCAAAGAGAAAACCAGCAUCUGCAUAUCCAACAAGGAUCUGGUCAUUUGUGGAUUUCUCUGAGUAGAAGAGACCCAUGUUUGUUGUCCCAUGAAGGUAUCGUAAAACAUCUUUAACUCCCUUCCAGUGACAAAUUGUUGGAGUAGAGUUAUACCUUGCUAACUAGUUGACUAAAAAAGCUAUAUUUGGUCUAGUGCAUUGUGCUAAAUACAAUAAAGCACCUAUUGUACUCAUAUAUGGUACUUUUGGACCAAAGGCCAUUUCACCUUCUUCUUUUGGACGGAAUGGAUAUUUUUUCAUGUC